AUGCAGUAUCACCCGUAUAACCAUACGACCCAUCACGCGCGACCUCCAGCGGCUCACUAUCAAGCUGAGUUUCGUCCGCCUGUACCGCACCCAUACUCACAAAAUCAAUCUAGGGAGCCUCACCCCGGACACACCUACAACCACGAUGGGUACCCCUUACACUUCCGACCCGGCGUGGGUCCGAACAGCGUACGGUGGCCCGCUCAGAACCCAGCCGGUGGCGCGUGGCGCGGUGGGCAAUAUCUCCCAGGACCAUCCAUCGCGUUCCCUGGGACACAAGAUCCCGCCGAGGUUCACUACUCGACUCAAUCCUCGCACUCGUAUUCGUCUACCCUUCAUGACACACACCGCUCGACAUUUCAUCAACAGUCGAAUACGGAUAUACACUCUCAAUACGGCGCAUACCCGAACCCUUCUUUACCUGGCCCUCAUCAGCAUCACUGGCAGCCCCCACAACAGACCCACUUCUACCCGAACCCUCAACAGACGCAGAGCCCGUACAUCCCGCCUCCUCCUGUACACCACCAAGCGGCACCGCAGCCUUGGGAGUACAAUCAAAACGCAACGCCCCAACAAAACCCCUCUCCCGAGCAACACACACCGCCUACAACACCUCCACGCGUGACAGUCGAAUCCAGCCGCGCCCCACCCGACUCGCCUCCAAACCGCACCGUCCCCUCGCCUGCAGUCUCCGGCUACGAUUACCCUUCGAUUCCAGAUGAGUAUGAGUAUCUCAGGGAUAGGCUCGCGCGUGGGAAGCUCGUGGAGGAUGAUGGGUUCCGUGGGUGCAGUCAGGAGCUUGGAGGGUGGGGAGUGCCGGUGACGCGCCUGAGGCUGCAGAUUCAUAAUGGGUACCUUCAGGCUCAGGUAGAGGAGAACAAGAGGGAAUAUCGGCGUGUUAUUCGGGAAUGGGAGAUGAGGAAGAUGGAUGAAGCUCAGGCGCAGGAGGAAUUGAUUGGGGAUGUACGACAGAUAUGUUCCGCCGAGACGGAGACUCAUGACGGUGUGGGCCCAAGCGUCACAGGCUCUUACACCGGCUCCGGCAUGUCCAUCACGUCUUCGUCAAGCUCAAGCGACGACGCCGCGCGGUCCGGAACGCCACAAACACCUGCGUUCGCAGAGUACGGCGGGACGGUACCGUUCCAAGACAGCAUAUGGCGCCUGUCUGAUGAGCCCGGGAGCGGCUAUGGAUACGGGGACUGCGGUAUGGAUUCAGAGAGCGAGCGGCAGUGGUUUGAGAUGAGGAGCGGGCGUGCGGAUAGGACGCUAGUUGGUGAUGAUGUUGCGGAUUUGUAUGCUAUGAGUCCGCUUUCAAAUAACCUGACGUAUGGUGUUGACCUGGGCUCAUUUUCUUGA